AUGGGGUGGAAGUUAGCAGUGCUUUUAUUAGCUGUGUUAGUGAAAGAUGCUCACGCCGUGUGCAAUUGCUACCAAGCAGGAAACUACACAGGAGCAACUGCACCAAUCAGCAAUUCUUAUAACACCACUGAUUUCUCAGCUUGCUUCUCAUCAGCGUGUAGCUAUGUAGCUUACAGUGGAGAUGAUACGAAAGGAUGGACAUACUUCACUUUUAACUGGGCAGCACCUCUAGCUGGUGCAGGUGGUUUACUUCAAAUUUUCGAUGGAACCCCUGAUCUCUCAUCAACACUUCCACCUGCACUUAUUCAGAUUAAUGAAGGUGAAAAUGUAGACAGUAGUUCUCCAAAAUACAUGAUUAAAAGCACAUCUCCAAGAAUUACGAUAAAAUACAGCCAGUCUUCGACUACAAGCGCUAAUGUCUACUAUGGAUCAAUCAAAGCAGUGCCCGGUCUCCAACCAACUGCUGGACCAACCUCUACUACUGCAAUGCCUACCACUAGAACAUUCAACCACCCAGAAUACAAUCAUGAUCUAGCUCUCAUUACACACGAUAUUUUGGUAGUGGUGAAUCAAAAAACUAGUGGUGGAAUUACAGCUUUGACUCAGCUCGACACUAUUGCCACUAAUUUUGUUCGCCUUCUUGAUGUCACUACAGAUAUCAACUCUGCUGGAUCUUCCAGACUAGCGUUGGCUACUUUGACUCCUUAUCAACCUUAUUACGCUAUCAGAGGAGAAAUUUGGGGUAUGGACGCGACAGACGUUACGAACAAUCUACCACUAAGUGGAGUUUCCAUUGAAGGAAAAAUUGAUUCAGCACUCACUGGAUUGGUUAACUUGUCAUUCAAUGUGAGCACGAAUACAAGUACUGAUAGUAGACGGAAUGUGCAAAGAUCAGUCAUUUUGUUGACAGCUGAGUGGCCAUCUGCAAAUGCCAAUCUAGCCGCCGACAUCCAAUCAGCUUUUGACGCAAAAGGAGUCAAUCUCCUAGUAGUUGGAUUUAAUUUGACCACUGUCGAAUGGAACCAACUAUCAGGAGGAGAUAACAGAUGGUACAAUGUACUAAAUGCUGUUGGUUCGAAUGACACCGCUGUUGCUCAAUUCGUCAAUCCGUUUUACUUCAAUGACAAGUCUUCACCAAACACUUGGUGUCCACAAUUUCCUGUGACCAAUUCGCCUGACGAAUCGUACAUGUACUUCCAAGAACCAUUCAACUAUAACGGUCCUUCAAACACAACCAACGACAAAUGGAAAGAUCCAUUUGAUGGACAGUCAACAAGAUACUGUAACUUUGCUAACAAUCAAUAUACCUACACCAAUCCAAAUGGAAACGGUCUUCAAGUUAAAGUAUUCUACGAACUGGAAGCUGGAAAAGAUUUCUUGAAAUUCUACGAUUCAUCAAACAAUCUCAUUGCAAGCUUCACCGGUUUUGAAGUGACUGGAAGUAUUUUCUCGACAACCUCCAGCACCAUCACUGCUCGAUUUACAUCUGAUAACCAAUCUGUUUUCCGUGGAUUCUAUGUCCAAAUUACUCCACAAUAA